AUGUCUCAUCACCCACAAAACCCAUAAGGGCAUUAAAUAUUAAAAACUAUGCACUUCCAUCAACACAAGGGCUUAGACUUGAAUAAAAUCCCAGCUGAUUGGAAUAAAGCAAUUAGACAUGCAAAAUCCAGAGAAACUAAACCUGAAAGGGCCAAAAUUUCAGACGAUGAUUUCGAAGAAGUUUGUGAGUGUUGUGGUUACGAAUUAAAUAGAUAACCAAUAGGCUUAUUUGUACCUAGCAUUUAGCUUGGAUUUUUAGGUUCUGGUUUCCCUCUUUUUUACAAUUAUAUCCAAUAUUGUAUUAUUAUGCUUACUUGUUUAUUAGCUAUUUAGGGUAUACCUAAUAUAAUUUACAACUACAAGGGAAACUUUUGUGAUAAAACUCUCUUAGAAGCUUAUGAGGCCGCUGAAGAAAAUAAGGAACAUCCUGAAGAAGGUUUUCUACUUCCCUGCCCUGAAAGUUUUACUAAUAGAAUUUCAUUUGCUAAUGUACUGAAUAUAGAAGAAGGAAUUAAAUCUAAUAUGCAUUUCUCAACAGCAGCUGUGUUAGUCUAAAUAGUUUUAUGUAUUUUCUUCAGAAGAAGCCAAAGAUAAAUAGAAGUUGAUGUUGAUAUAAAAUACAACACUCCAGCUGACUACACUGUUUGGGUGAAGCACGUUCCUAAAGACAUUCCAAAUCCUAAAGAAGCUAUUAAGAGACACUUUAAAGAUUAAAAUAAAAGGGUAACAAAAGUGAACUUGGUCUAUGACAUUUCUGAAAUCGAAGAAUUAGAAGAAGAAUUUAAGGAAUUGAUAAAGGAGAAGUAAAAAAACUUAAAAGAACACGGAUUUAAUAAUAAAACUCAAGAGUUGUAGGAAAUUGAAUAAAAGAUUUAAAAAGUAGAACAUGAAAUAAGAGAAAAAGAAAUUAACAUAGUGCACGAUCGUACCAAAUUUACUGGCUAGGCAUUUGUUAGCUUUGAAACUGAAAAAGAAAAAGAAGAUUUGUUCACUUUUGCUCCUCCAAGUCUCGGAUCAAAGAUUUGUAAUUUCAUAACUUCAUUAGGAAAGUUAGAUCGUUAUAUUGAUUCUCAAAUCUUCGAGGGAAAACAUAAUAUUUUAAUAGUUGAUGCUCCUGAGCCAAACGAUAUAGAUUGGGAAUUUAUUCACUGCAGUACUGGUUCAAAGGUUUUAGCUAGAUUCAUUUCAUUAAUUAAAUGGAUUGUAUUGAUUGCCUUCAGUUUUUCAAUUAUUUGUCUCAUAACCUAUUUCCAGAACUUAAAAAUUGAUCACGUCUAAGAGGAAUUGCUUGAAUUGUAGCACAAAAGCAAAAAGAAUAAUGAAUAAAUCGAUAAGGAAGAGGAAGAAAAGGUUCAUUCAUCAAUGGCUAUAAUAUCAGUCUUUUCAUUUUUAAUUUCAACUUCCAUUGUACUUUUUAAUAAAUUUGCACUCCCUUUUCUUGUUCACCACAUAGUUGAUGCAGAAAAAUGGUCAACAAAAACAAAGUUAAAUAUUUCUUUCGCUUUCAAAUUAACUAUUGCACUCUUCUUCAACACUGCAUUGAUUACUGUCUUGAUAGAAGUUAUCUUAUUCAAAAACUUCUAUGGCAUUGGUGGUGGUAUGAUUCUGAAUGAAGAAUUGGUCUUCAUUUUCAACGCAAUUAUUCCUUCUCUUGCAUGGGUCAUUGACCCAUGGUCGAUCAUUAAGAAUAUCCAAAGAAACAAAGAGCUCAAAAAUAAAGAAAAAUCUGUCCUCACUUAAGAUGAAGCUAACAAAUUGAUGGAACAUCCAGACUAUGCUAUGGGUAAAAGAUAUGCUGAUAUUAUGAAAACCAUGUGGUUCACUUUCUUUUUCUCCCCUGUUAUCCCUGUUGGAACUUUCUUCUCAUUGAUUGGUUUAAUUUUAUACUACUUCACAGAUAAGUAUAAUUUAAUUUACAGAAGAACAGUCAAAGAGUCUAUUGGUAAAAGCUUAUCCUUUGAAAUGAUGGAUUUAUAAGAAUAUUCUGUGUUGUUGCACUGCUUUGGUAAUAUUGCAUUUAAGUGGAUACUUGCAAAGGAAGUGGAUUUAACUUCUUUUGUUCUAUUUGGCAUUUGCUUGCUUAUAUCUUUAGUUCCUAUGGAUAGCUUUAAUGAAUGGCUUUUCGAAAUAAAUGCUCAUUCUGAAAGCAAACAUUAUUCUUAAGUCAAAGACUAGUUUGAUACUGACUACGAUAGAGAGAAUCCCAUAACUAAGCACGAAGCACUUGUUGAAUUCCAAAAAUCAAGAGCAAGCAAAACUCAUUUAUGA